AUGGAGGUUGACACUCAACACCAUGCUGCUGUGGAAAACACAACGUAUCAUCCUGUCUUGUUCAAAAAGACAGAAGGAAGUCUGAUGUUGACAGGCGAACACUUUGCCUUUCAUCCAUCCUCGAAUUCUUCGCCAUCCUUGCUGCCCUUCUCCGUGGUCGCCAAACAUCAAGUCAGUCCAGCCAACUACCCCAAGCCACUCCUCAAAGUCGUUCUCAAAGACGGCAAGUCCUUGACUUUUCAAUUGACAGAUCGACAAGUCCUGGAAAGAAUCCGAAAAGAUGUUUCCAGUCGCCUCCGUCGCUUUCACAGCAAUAAUGGCGUGGUCAAUGGCAGCAACAAUAGCAAUCAUUCGCCACACGGUACUGUCAGUAGUGGCAAGAAACGGACUCAUGCAGAGUUGCUGCAGCGAAAUCAACGAGCCAAAGGACCACUCGUUUCGAUUGAUGAUUUGGAUGCCACUGCCCUGGCCGUUACCAGAUCGUCCCUGCUGGCUGCCAAUCCAUCACUCCGCGCACAGCACAAAUUCCUGGUAGAGGAAACCAAAACGGUUGAUGAAGAUGACUUUUGGAAAACACACGACAAUUUAUUACAGGAAGAAUAUGCAAAAAUAUGUGGCAUGGCACGAGCUGGAACUUCCAGUUUGUUGCAGAGUCACUUGCCACUGCAAGGGAGAGUCACAUUGGGUGUCGAAGAAAUGAGACAAAUCUUUGUCAUGUACCCUGCGGUGCACAAGGCAUACGAAGAAAAGGUACCGCUCGAACUGAGUGAUGAACAAUUCUGGAGAAAGUACUUGGAAUCAGAAUACUUUCAUCGAGACAGAGGACGGCUCGGAACAGCGGCUCGCAAUCAUGCGGCGGAUGCAUCGGACGAUAAGCAAAAGGCACAACAGGCGGCCAAUGACCAAGAUGCAAGAGCUGCAGCGGUUGGAACAGAUGAUUUGUUUUCACGGUAUGAUCAAAAGCUACGAGAAUCAACUGGUGGAACUGCCGCCGCCAGAAAGACGACAAAAGGGAGAAGUACGGCCAAUGCCAAGAAAUGGGGUGUCAAUCUCGCUGUUGGACAGUUCGAUUUGGCAUCCACUUUUCAGACCGAACGUGGGAAACUAUUGGAGGGCCCUCGUGAUGUACACCCACCCAACAUUGCCGACGAUGGAAAAGGAGCCAAAGUCAUUCAAAAAUACAAUAGACAUUGGGCCAUGGUACUGCAUCCUGAGCAAGCUGUGGCCGGGAGCAAUUUGAUGGAUAUUGCCAGAACCAGCGUCGUGGAAGUCCUGCAGGAUGACGAUGACGCCAAAGCUAGUGGUGGAGUCGAUAAAGAAAUGAAACGACUCGUAGGAUUCGCCAUGGCGGAUAAGGAGGAUGCCAACCAUGCCUUGGGGGUAGGAGUCGAUGCAGACGAAGACGGACACGAUGCAUUGACGCUCAAGAAUGUAGAGGCGUACUACUCGGGCCAAGCCCAACGAACAGAGGCAGCCAAACCAAUGACUGACGAUGAUAUGAAACGACAGGCUGUAUUCUCGCAAGCCAUAUCCACCAAAAUGAAGACACUGGCUGCUUCGGCGGAUGGUGCGGAUGCAACGGCCACGCUACGGCAAAACUGUUUCCCUCCUGCAAAACUGGGCAGGGAACUAUUGUCGGCACUUACCAAGAAGAUGGCCCAAGAUUCCAAGACGAGUGCGGCCACUCUGGAAGCCGCCAAAACGUUGCCAGAAGAUUUCAAAAAGAGUUUACAUUCCUAUUUUCGACGUUCGUCGGAACUUUUGCGUCAUUUCUUUGGCUUGCGCCGACUGGAGAAGCAAGGAAACAGUGGCUCCUACAGCAAGAAGUUGGCAAGAAUCGUAGAGGGUAUGGAGACGUUCUAUCGAGAAAUGGAGGAAAUGAGAAAGAACUUUCCGCAAACGGAGACUGGAGAGUUGCAGCGCAAGAUGUGUCUGCCUAUUAUGGAUCAAUUGGAUUGGGCCUUCAAGCUACAUAGAGAAGGCACGGGUGGCGGUGGUAGCGGAUUCGUCACUAUUGAGGAGUUUUAG